CCCUGGGGCGAGGUGGUUACCGGAGGACGGGCUGUGGACGGUCUCGGGCUUCAGGCCUGAGCCGCUUCCACCUUCUUGUCCAAAAGUUGUUCAACGCCGUCUUCUCCCGGUGUGGAUCGGAUUUUCUUUGCAUCUUUCAGCACCGUUAAGGAAUUGUGAAUUUAUCCGCUCCGUCCUUUCCCCUCUCAUUUACUUUCCUGGUUUCCGACCAUUUUCAUCUUAUCGGGUAAAGUCCUGUAUAAAUAUUCCCAGUGAUAAUCGAGUGAAACUUCCUUCAGUCUCCACCGGUUAUCAUUGGAUAGCUGCUCCCAGUUCCGUUUACACUGGUUGUGUACGGGGUCGAAGAAAAAUUACAGCGUGGGAGAAUUUGGCCCAUCAUGGCUGUGGGAAUUUAAAAUGACUUAAUCCCACUUUCCAGCUCUGGAAUUAAAGCCUGUUGGUCGUGGCCCUUCAAGUAUACGUACACUUGCUGUUUAUAUGUGGUUUCCAUAAAGUAAAAUAUAAACCAUGAAAAAUCAAGAUUCUGAAAGUAAGUUCAGCCCACCUGCUGAUGGUCUUGAGGCUACACUAGUUGGUGUCACAGCCGCAGAAGGAGCAGAACCUUUUGGAGGAGAGGAUAAUCUGAGAGUUGUUGAAUCUGCUGGACUUGAAACCACUUGUCAAAUGAUCGAAAAAUCUGGUGGUCAGAAUGGGCUUGUUGAAAACCAUGAUAAUGUAAAAGCCUGUGAAGAAAUUCUAAAACAAUCAACAACAGGAAAUAGCAAUGAGGAAUCAUUAGUUGUCCAGGAGACUUCAACUGCAGAUAGCAUGAAUAGCCUCCAGCCUGAGCCUUCAACAUCUGAUGUCUCAGAUGAGCUCAGCAGACAGCUGGAAGACAUUCUGAACACGUAUUGCUGCAAUCUGGCUGACCACAGUUCUUCUGUGCAGCCUGAAGAAUCUCCUGAAAUGGAAGAGCUAGAAAAAUGUGCCAACAAUGAGCCUCUGAGAAAUGGUGUGCGAGAGAUAGAAUGUGGGGAGAUGAAUGAAGAGAUCGAAAAAGUGGUGAAGGCUGAGGUUCAUGUGAAAGAGAAUGGAGAUGUUCCCAACAACAAAGAUCAGAAAAAACCACCUGAAAAGAAGAAAACCAAAGCACUGGGAAAGGAAAUUACAUUACUGAUGCAGACAUUGAAUACUUUGAGCACCCCAGAGGAGAAGCUUGCUGCACUCUGCAAAAAAUAUGCAGAUAUGCUUGAAGAGCAUAGAAAUACUCAAAAGCAAAUGAGAUUGCUUCAAAAGAAACAAACUCAGAUCAUCCAAGAGAAGGAUCACUUGCGGAAUGAGCAUAGCAAAGCCAUUCUGGCGCGCAGCAAACUUGAGAGCUUGUGUCGUGAGCUGCAACGCCAUAAUCGGACGCUCAAGGAAGAAGGUGUUCAACGUGGAAGAGAUGAGGAAGAAAAGCGUAAGGAGAUCACUUCUCACUUCCAAGUAACUCUGAACGAUAUCCAGGCACAGAUGGAACAACACAAUGAACGGAAUUCCAAACUGCGCCAGGAAAACAUGGAGUUGGCUGAGAAAUUAAAGAAACUUAUAGAGCAAUAUGAGCUGCGAGAGGAGCACAUUGACAAGGUAUUUAAACACAAAGAUCUACAACAACAACUCAUUGAUGCCAAACUCCAGCAAGCACAGGAGCUGCUAAAAGAAGCAGAGGAAAGGCACCAGAAAGAAAAAGAUUAUCUGUUAAAGGAAACUGUGGAAAGCCAAAGAAUGUGCGAACUGAUGAAGCAACAGGAAGUUCAUCUGAAACAGCAGUUGGCACUAUACACUGGAAAGUUUGAAGAAUUCCAGACUACUCUGUCAAAAAGUAAUGAAGUUUUUACAACCUUCAGACAAGAGAUGGAAAAGAUGACAAAAAAGAUAAAGAAACUGGAAAAGGAAACAACAAUGUAUCGAACCAGGUGGGAGAGUAGUAAUAAAGCUUUACUGGACAUGGUAGAGGAGAAAACCUUGCGUGACAAAGAAUUUGAAAAUCUUCAAAUAAAGAUUCAGCGCUUGGAGAAAUUGUGUCGAGCUCUUCAGACUGAGAGAAAUGACUUAAAUAAAAAAGUUCAUGACCUGAGUGUCCAGUCAACACAGGAUGGCCACCACAAAGAGGCUGGAGAAAGUGAAGAUUCACAAUCCUUCAAUAAUGUCCCCCAAGAUGAUCAAAGCAAAGGUUCUACUCCAGAUGUUUCUGUAAAGGCUAAUUGUCCUAUCGAAGAAAUUCAGCUAUCUCCUGAAGUUUGUGCUUGUGUGACUGAGCAGAUGCAGUCACCCAUAUUUACCGAAAAUUUAGAGGAGUCUAAUAUUGAAGCUUCAAGCAUUCAACCUGAAUUACUAUCAUCAAACAGCUCCUUGGAGUAGAUUACCACACCCUUGGGUAGUAUGAAAAGGGUACAUUGAAUGUUACUGUAAUCCAAAAUGUCAUGACUGUAUGGAAGUAAGACAUUUUUACAAUAUCUUGGUUUGAAUGAAAUUAUUCAUUAGUGAUUUGGUUAAAUAAGUUCCCUCCAAAGCUUGUUGACAUGGAAUCAAAAUUUCUGUAUUAGACAAAAUGGUUCAACCAAGUAUGAGUAGAAAAAGUUUGGUUUAAUUGCAUGCAAAAAAAAAUCAGUGUGAUUUUUAAAUAGGUUCCUGAAAACAACUUUGCGCUUUAAAAAAUGAUUAGAGUCCAUUUGAAAGAAAAUAUCCAGAGGCAAAUCAGAUGAUCUGUUUCGUUAACACAUUCUUAAGGACACUGAUGAAGAUUUGUUACUAAUCCUCAGCUGUUUUAAUGCCCAUCCUGCACCGUCCUCCCCCCCCCCCCCCCCCCCAGAGUAUAAACCUUUCUUUUAAAAUUUUUAAAUUCUAUUGAACUGUUUUCCCUCCACAGGAGCUGGCAAUUACAUCUACUUUUGUUCCUCAAUAUAUUGUUGGAAGACAUGCAGCAGUAGGAUGGCAAAAGAGAACACUCUUUUCUCCUCUGCUUUUGAAAUAGUUUAGACCUUGGCAUGUUGGAAAACAAGGUUCAGACAGAAGGCAGAGGAGGAAAGCAAUGAGUGGAAUUUGUCUUUCUCCAUGGCUCAUCAGCUAUUGCAUUGUGUUCUAAUAGCUGCCUCUAUUCCUGCAAUUGAGCUGCAUUUUGUUUGAAGGAGACUGAAAAGAGUGAAGGUUUAAAUUAACCAAGGACAUAUUAAUUUAAAUUAACUGAGGCAAAUGGUAUUUGAACAAAAAAUUAUACUCUUGGACAUCAUUGUCAAAAAGUCUUCGAGGGAGCCUUCCACAUUCUCAAUCCUACCUAAUUUAAAAUGACUACUUAACUGAACCAAACUUGACAUUCCCCUUUUCUCCAAUUAAUAAAUUCUUGCUUCUUGCUUCCAUACAGUUCCUUCAUAUAACAUUUGCUUAUGAGUCAAAAAGAAAGACCAUCUCAAAUUUUAAUCUUAAAUAUUACUGAAUCUUUUAAAACACAUAAUUGUGAAAUUUAAAACUGAAGAUAUUGCCAUUUGCAAAUGGUGUUUGUGAUGUUGCCUUUUGGAAAAGUUUUAAUGAUAGCUGAUAUGUCGUUCUUUGUGCCCUCUUAAAGCUCAUUAAUAUGAGCACUGAAUAAAAAUGUCACAUAAGCACUUUUUCAAAUGCAAUCUUCACUUUGUUCUGAGGUCUUGAGAGAUUUAAGUUUCUUUUCAGAACUACAACUUUUACAGAUGGUUGGUGGAUGCAAUUAGGUUUUCUUUUAACCACAUUUUCUACCAAAUAAAAUCUUCUGUUGUACUUAGCAUUCAAAGUGCUAGUAACUUACUAAAUGUUAGCCUCACAAUGCUAUACUGUUACAUUGCACAGAAUAAAAUAGUUUGGUAAUACUGAAGAAAUGCUGUAACUCUUAUAGCCUGUACCUCAAUUAUGAACAUUUAUGUUGAAACUUUAUUCUUCAGAAACUUCUCUUCCACACAAACGUAUUAUUAGAUUAUUUGCUGUUGAAUUUUAGAUUAUGUAUUUAGUGACUUUUGUGGAACUUGGAAUACUUAAUAUCUUUCCAACUUUUAAUACUUUGUGGAUUGAUACAACUUAUGCUGAUGUGAACAAAAUUGGAAGUGAGUAUGGGCUAAAAUCUCAGAACUUAAAAGCCUUAAUUUUUCUGUCAAAACGUAAAGUGAUUUACUGCUGUGUAUACUGACUUCACUGCAUGGUGAUAAAUGCUAAUUCAUCUUCCUGUUAUUCUUGGGUUUCCUGUGUGCCCAUGUUGUUUUUGCUAGAGGAAAGCAGAGUUACCUCUGACUGAUGCAUCACAAAGUAACAGAAUGUGGUGCUGAGAUAUUGUUAGGUUGAAAAAAACACGAGUAGAUUUAAAUUAGCAGUGUGAUUAGUGAUAAUCUGUAAUGCAAUUGAAGGAUUUGGCUUGUCUGGUACAGUGCAUUUUAAAAACAGAUUAAAAAUCAUGUUUGAUUGUUGCCUAAUUUGUUCGGUAUAAAUGCAGUGAGAAAUCAACAAAGUUACUUAAUUGCUCCAUAUUUAGCUACUGCACCAAUUAUCACUUGAUAAAUGACCUGACAUAGGUUCAAAAUACUCAGAUGGUGUCUACAAUGUGUGAAAACAUAUAAAAUUGCUACUUAUAUAUACACUUGGCAAUGCAUUAUAAAAUGAUAGAGGUGGAUGAAUUCAUUCUGAAACAAUAUUCAAUUUAUACAUUUGAUCAGAAUCAUUAACAAUAUCGUAAUGCUAAGCAAGUGCUGUUAUUUUGUUCCUUAUACAUAUGCACAGAUACUUAUGUGCUUAUUUUAUACUUGUUUUAAUAAUUAAGCAAUCCAUUCUAGUUAAUGUUGGUGGCAUCUUUUUUCAUCAUUAGUAUAUUGUCAUAUAUUAAGUGGUUUUAUACCACUUAAGUUUGUGUGUUUGUCGCCAAUUAGUUCACAAAAGUGGAAAAUUCCUUUUUGCAGGAACAUAUAACACUAUAUCUCAAUUUUCAUUGAUCAAUAUUGAGGCCAUUGUGGUAAUCUUAUUAAGCAAAGCAUCAUGCUAAUUCUGAAUACCGAUACAAUUUUCUCCCCUGGUGCUUACAUGGGAUUCUUAAAUAUUUUUAACUGCUUAGAUUAUGUUUGAAUUAUGCAUAUCCUGAUCUCUUAGCACUGUACAUUAGUGUGUGGAAUGAGAAAAGGUCAUUUGACCCAUUGGCACAUCAGCCAUUCAUAGACCACAUGAACUGCUAUUCAGGGAAGAUGGUUAGCAGGUUGAAUCUAGUGGCUGCAGAAUGUAGAACCCAGGAACAUAAAAACAUGUUGGCAUUUUUUUUUUGAAGGGAGAUGAGAAAUUUCUUAGUUGUGGGUGGAUCUUUGCAAUUUUUCUGCCUGAGGGUUGUGAAUGCUGUCUCAUUGAGAUGAAAUGUUUUCACCAUAUGGGGAUCAGGUGGAAAUCUGGAGUUGGGGGUUUGAAAAUUGUACUGAACAGUGGAGCUGGUUUGAGGACCUUGUGACCUAGUUCUAUUUCUGUUCUUGCCCAUAUCACUUGAUAAAGUUUAUUCCCUUCCUGCAAAAAACACAUUUGAGUAAAAUACUACAAUAUCCCAGUAGAAUUCCAGAUAUUAUAUUGUAUAUCCUUCAGUGAGUUGCCUUUCAUAAUUGACAAACCUGUUUAUUACAGAAUAGCAGUACCCAAUGAUCAGAAGUUUCAUACUCUAUAUUUUUGAAAAAUUCAAAAUCAUAUUUAAAGUAAUCUUUGGGAAAAUUCUCUGAGCAAAUCGGGUAUGUGAGAAGUGUGAAUGUUCGGCUUUGUCUUUAAUUCAUUUAUACUUUUAAAUAUUUUCAUUUAUUGUUGUGCAGUCUUUCUGCUUUUAGGGUCUAGAGGAAGGAAGUUAUGGUAGCUUGUGGUAGUGCACUCCUUUGAGAUGCUUGUAUUUCAAGAUUUUUCAGCAUAGAAUGAAGGGUUGACCUAAGACCAUAGAACUAAGACCUGUUAGAAGGGAUUAAUUAAGAUUGGCCUAUACUUGGGAUUUAGAAGAGUGAAAGAUAAUCUCAAUCAAUAAAAUUUUUGAGAAGGUUUAACAGAGCAGAUGCCUAAAGACUAUUUUCCCAAGUUUGGAGAGUCUUGAACUGUAGACCUCUGGUUAAGGAGUUAGACAUUUGGAGUGGAGAUGAAUCAUUAAAACAGAUUGAUAGGUUUUUGGACAUUGGAGGCUUUGAGAAUUAUGAGGAUAGGGUAUAAAAAUUAUAUUGCAGUAGAUGUCCAGCCAUUUUCUUGAUGAAAGUCGGAGCAGGCUUGAAAGACCUUCUGCUAUUCCUUGUGUUUGGAAUCAUUGGUAUAUUCUCCUGCUCCUGUUUCUUAUAUGGGGCGUAUGGAUACUCAGUCAUUAAUAUACAAGCACCAAGAGAAAUGUGCUUUGGGCAGAAAAGCAUAUUUGAGAAUCAGCUGUGGAGUGGCAGAUGCUGAAUUGUCCAAUUCGACUGUUGCUUCUCUUUACUGUUAAAAACAAUUAACCAUAGAAACUUUGCAGAAAUUAAUGGUGAUACAAUUGCUAUUACUGAAUGUUUACUAAUAUUUUCCCCGCAGUUUUUUGGCUUUAAUGCAUCUUUAAUUUGAAGUGUAAUAAUUAUAUUUCAGUGGCUAGAAAAGUUAUCCAUUUCUAUCCAGAGUAAAUUUGGUCAUAUUGACAUGCCCAUUUUAUUUAUGGAAAUUUAUAAAUUGUAGACAGUUAUACAUGUUUCAAAUUCUAUCAGAUAGGAAUUGUAUAAUUUCCUUGAUAAAGUUUCACUUGCAAAAAAUAGUUCCAAAACUGUGCUGCAAAUAUCAUGUAUUUUGCCCAGGCAUAAUGGUUACAUUUGUAUUUUCUGUCAAUAAUAUCAGUACCCAACAAAAGAGAACUAAAUAAUGAGGACACUUAGUUUUGCUACAGAUGAUCAAAUGUGUGAGAAUCUUAUUGUUUUUUUUAAAAAAACAUUUUAGUGCCUCCAUGAUUUAGUUUGACUCUUGCUAGUGUGAUCUUUUGAUCUUGCAAUCAAUCUAAGUUAUUGCCUAAUGACCAUUUCCUCUAAUAGAUUCUGAAUGACUCAGGAAGAAUAAGCCUAAAUACAUUAGUUUUACAGACUGGCUUCUCUGAAGAUUAAUUCUAAGUUUGUACACUUGCAGGAUCCUCCAUGUAGAUUUUCAAAACUUCAUAGAUCUUCAAGUUAGCCUGGAUUUUAGACUAAGGAAUAUUUCUGAAAUUUAAGCACCAUUGCAUUUCUGGCAGUGUCAGAAUUAAGUAAUUCAUUUCCAUUGCCAAAUAUUGUGCAUAAGUGUCCAAAAAUUAAUCCAACACUGCAUGCUCUGCCUGCAUUUCAACAUGACAAAAGUGCCUGUGGCCAUGAGCUCCUUUGGUCUGUUGUUAGAAAGGGAUCAGGUGUCAGAUUAUGUUAUGUUGUCAGGGCUGGAAAAGUAAUAAUUGAAAUCACCAACUUUAGUUCUAUAAGCAUAUAUAGGCAGUAGCUUAGACAUAAAAAUUAAGAACUUUCUAACUGACAACUUGGAUCACUCAGCUAGGUGUCAUUUAUGGGUAUAUUAAUUUCAAGUUGAGUCUAAAUACAACUGUCUUGACCAUGCCUGGUAAAUAACUACCACCGUAAUAUUGCUGGAAAGGAGACUAACGAAAUUGUUUGUCUUUAGGAAAUGGUUCCAAAAUUGGAGGCUAAAUGAUCCACAUAUCAUGUAGUUCAAUAUUGUAUGUUGUUUGAAGACUAUGCUUAGUUUUAAUUCUUUGGUAGCCGCCACCUUUGCAGCAAACGCAAAUAAUCUUAAGAGCAUUCCUGUUGCAAUAAUCCUGUUUUCUCAACAAAAAUUGCACGUAUUAAUAGAAAUAUUUUGUAGAGACCAGGAAAAUAAUUGUGAUGGCAAUUCACCAUUUGUAAUUUACAUUAUCUUCUGGUGCACAUUAAUAAAUUAUACAGUGACACA